AUGAGCUUUCGGGAAAAUCCUCAUUUUCAAGAAGCGGAAGAGCAUAUGCUAGAGCCAGUGAUAAGGCUACCACUUGUUGAUGCACUUCGAAGACUUUCAUCAAAACAAGAUACACACUGUGGGUUUUUUGAAUCGCAGUAUUUCCACUGCUUGGAAGCUUUUGGACAAAAGCUUGGUCGAAAGUAUUGUGAUUUAGAGCGUCGGGACUUCAAUGAAUGCAUUACAAAUUACAAACAAAAAAAACGUGCUGAAUGGAUCAGAUUGCAAUACAAACUGCAUUGGGAUACUAAAAAACAUGGACCACUGCCAGAGGGUGCAAAACUUGGUGAAUGUUUUCCGGAUUAUUUCUCGCAUAAUCCUCCAGAUGCCAUUCAAUAG